GAGAAGUAUAUAUCUAAGAUAAAUACCCUUAGAAAUGUUGAAAGAUCCGAAGAAAUCAAAGUAUUUAUCAAAAGUACGUGUAUGUACAUUCAUUUAUGUUUAUAAAUCUGCGAGUCACAUUCUACUUAUAAUUCCCAUAACUCAAAAGUAUAAAAAAGAAAGAAUUUGCUUUUUAUAUUUGUUAUCUGUAAAAAGAUAAAAAAAAAAAACUUCAGCGAGAUGUGAAGGAAGGCGCUUUUGUUUAUAUGACAGUUGCCAACACAUAAAUAUAACGCACAUACUUGUCCGUAUAUUUGAACUAAGGAGAGAAUGUUCUAAAAAUUCGAGCUUUUAGGAAGACAUGCAUGCUCUAUAUAUGCUGAACGUAUAUAGGUGAAGAAUGCAUAAUGGCCAGAGAGCCUUGAAGAUGAAAGAUAAAUGUUUCACUUGGAAAUUGUGAAAUUCUUUGGAAGUCAUUACAUGGCUUUGUUUACAAUGGUGAGAUUACUUCACACACCAUCGACUGCAUAUGAUAUUAAAUAUUUUUGUCCUCUCCUCACUAAAUACUGAAGCACAACUGUAACUUUCAUCACACUGACAGUAACCACCAUGAAUGAUGCACAACCAAGAUGACAUUACUUUAUUCUUCAUUCCUCUGCCCUAGGAUUCUUUGAAUUCUAAAAGAUCAGUAAGGAGACAUGAAGAAGUUCAAACGCGUGUUCGGCUCCAUAACAAACCUUGCCCAAGAUGACUCUGCAUCACGAGGAGCCCCCCCUCCUGCUGCCCUCAGUACCUCCCGAAGGAGUGUUUCAGGCUCCCUGCAUGGCUCCUCAGGGAGUCCCCACAGAGGCUCUUAUGUUAGCUAUGAAAGCCAGUCUUUGGAUUCGUACAACAGCAACCUCUCAGCUGGACAGACAGAAAUUGAUCCCUAUAGCAAGCAGGACAAGAAUUUUACCAAGUUGCACAAGUGGGCUUAUUUGGGGGAUAUAGCAAAGCUCAAAAAGUUCAUCAAAAAGAUUCCAGUAGACUCACAGGACAGCGAUGGGAAAACAGCACUACACCAUGCAGCAUCGCAAGGUCAUGGAGAUACCAUACUGUUCCUCUUGGGCAGCAAAGGCAACGUGGAGAUGAAGGACAACUGUGGCAUGACUCCAUUCCUUCGAGCAGUUGAGAAGUGCCAUUUGCCAGUGGUCCAGAUGCUGUUGCAGAGACGAGUUGACACACAAAUUACAGACUUCCAAGGCAACACUCCUGCACAUCUGGCAGCCAGAACAGGGGCCACUGAUCUACUGAUGCUCUUAUUAGACUGCGGAUGUGAAUAUGACGAUCAGAACUCCCUUGGUCGCAGUCCCUUACACAUAGCAUGCAGUGAGAACCAACCAGAGGCAGUAGAAGCUUUACUGAGACAUGGCGCAAGUGUGAAUGUUAUUGACAAAGAGGGAGUCACACCUCUCAUGGUUGCCGCAAAGAUAGGCAGUGCCCCGGUGGUUGAAUCCCUUCUAGACAAUGGUGCAGAUGUCAACCCUGUUGAUUCCAGUAAAUGGUCGGCUGCUGACUAUGCUCGCUUCACAAACCACAACCAGCUACACCAACGUUUGAAAAGCCUGAUGCGUGAUGGAGGGAACAGCAGUUUGAUUCCCCAAGGUUUGCUGAAUAUAAGUGAUGAGGUAAGCACUGAAGAAGAAGGGGCUGUGGGACUAACAAGAGAUAGAGACAUGGAUGAAGAUGGAGGUGAUUCUUGGAGUGAUAACAGUGAUGUUGCAUCUAUUAAGGAGAAGCCAAAAAUUAACUUGACCAAGUUUUUACCAUCGUCUGAUGAUUCUGGAGAUAACAUUUUUUCCAGCACUCCAGAACCAGGGAGUCUUAUUGGACCUCCAAAGCCUCCUCGCCUUCAUGCUAGUGUAUCUAGUGUAGCUUCAGAACCAGCAAAUGAAAAUGAUGUAGAGACUACCAGCAAUAAGGAGGAGGUACUAGGUGCAGAUGAUUCUUGGAAAUCAUCCUCCGAGGAAGAUGAACCAAAAAGAGUUCUCAAGCAUGUCAGCAAAGUUGAGGAAGAGGAAAACGUUGAUAAGAAAAAGGAAAGCAAGGAUGAAAAGCAUUCAGAGGCAGAAGAUUCUUGGAAAUCGUCAUCUGAAGAAGAUGAGCCAAAGAAGAAACUGUUCCCAUUGUUUCAUGGUGAAAGUAACUCUCAAAAACUCCGGAGAGAUGAGCUGCUUGACAGUCACGAACCUAAGCAGUCUGAGUCUCAUGCAGGAAAUUCAAAGUUCUUGGCAGACUUGGGAUUAGACAACAUGGAAUUUCAUUCAUCAGAAGAAGUGUCUUUUGAAGAUGAGGACUCCAUGUUGCCCAUUGAAGGCACCCCAACAAAAGUCACGGUCAGCCGGAGAAAUUCACAAGCCAUUGGUAGUAAUGUGGGAGGUGGUGAGUCCUUGCCCUUUAGUGAGUCUCCAGCUGCUGUAUCACCGAAAAGACAGUUUCCCAAGGUAUCUGAGGAUGAGGCAUCUUCUAAUGACUUCUCAGAUUCUGAUAAACAAAAAUUUCCUCUGAGUAGCCGCUCUUCCACAAAGGCAAAGGAGGAAGGUGGGAAUAUCUCUCCGCAGAAGACUUCUCCAAAGAAAUCACCCUCAAAGAGAUCCCCAAUGAAAGCUAAAAUGAUUCGCAAGAGCUCCAGCAUCUUUGACAGUGACACAGAUGAAGAAGCAGCAUCACCACGUCGGCCUCCAAGGAAAAAGAGCCUAACCCCUACCAAAAAGAAGUUUAGCCCUUCUUCAUUUGAGAGAUCACCCAGGAGCCAAGACAAUAAGAAUGAAGAUGAAGACAACAAAUUGGGGAGUUCCUCAGUUACUCAAUGUGUAGAAGAUGCAAAAGUAGCUGCAAUUGAUGGAAAAGAAGUAUUAGAUGCUCUGGAAAGGAAAAGGGUUGAGGUCAUUGCCCAAGGAAAGCUCUCAGAUAGCAGCACAAGUGGUGGGAGCAAAGGCUCUCUUGGUGCCGGAGGAAUAGCCAGUUCACGCACAAACUCCCCAUCAACAGUGGUAGGAACUCUAGGGCGAGAGGGAACCAUGCAAGAAUUGGAGGAGGUGUGGGAGGCAAAUGCUAGCAUCAGCCCCAAGAAAUACUACUCCAGCACAAGCAACCAUGGUUCAGAAGAUUCACCUGAGCAUGAAAAGACAGAUGAGAAUGUGAAAGCAAAAGCAAAACCUGAUAUGCAUAAAGAUGAAACUGAUGGAGUCCCAAGGGAAGGAGAGAUUGUACCACAGCAAUUAGAAGACCAAGGUAAAAAAGACAUGAUGAAGACUACCACUCAGCUAGAACCUGAGAACACAAGUCGAGAUGUCAGUGAUGAUGAUCUUAUCUCUGGGGGGGUUGAGACACCAUUACCAGGUACGCACAAGGGCAGCCACACACAGGAUCUAUCAAGAGUUUCACCUCUGAAGAUGGGAAGGAUGCCAACUUCCUCAGAGGUCAGAGCUGCUGAGGGUAAAGGCAAUGUCCAGUCUCUAAAAGAAAAAUUUUCUGUGUCUCUAGAAGAAUCUGUGUCAUCUCCAAGAAGCAAAGUGACUGUUAGAACUCCUAGACGGAUGUCCAAGGAGGAGCAGGUGUCACCAGUAUUUGACAGUCCAGCUAACGACCAUGCCUCUCCACCCAAGAGACCAGAAGCUUCCAUUUCUACUCCGAGAGAGCCUCCAAUCUCCAGUACGCCUCAAAGCAGAAAGGGAUCCAGGAGUGGCAUAACACGUUCAAGUGGGCUCGGUAGCAUUGUUUUCAGCGAUGAGGAAUCAAUUAUACCGGACCCUCUGAUAACCCCUCGCUGCAUAGAUGAUGCAGAUGACAUGGUGUCUGUGGCAUCCACAGAAACUGAAGAGAGCACACAUAUUAACUCAGGACUUAAGGACUCUAUUUUGACUCCCUUGUCAUCUUUACCUGAAGCAAAUAACGUCAGUCAGCUGCAGGAUUUGGUGAGAGAGUUGAGAUUGAAGUUAGAAAAAGAGUUUGGUCGACGUGCUGCUCAGGAAACGAAGAUAUCCCACAUGCAGCAGAUGGAGAAGCAAUGUAAGAAGCACAUUGAUGAACAGGAAGAAAAGAUGCAGCACCAGCAGCAAGAGAUCUCCAGUCUCAUGGCAAGGAUCAAACAGCUUGAAUAUAGAGGUAAAUGUGAGCAAGAUUCGUCUCGACUUAAAGACCAGUCACUCGAAGAGGCUCAGCAACAAUGUGUCCAGCUGCAAGACCAAUGUGUGCAUUUGCGAGCUCAUGCCCAGCAACAAGAGGAACUUGUCGAUUCAUUGAUGGGGCAACUGGAGACAAAAGAACGUGUGAAUCAGAUCCUUCAGAGCAAGGUGGAGGAACUCUCCUCACAGACAAAAUUUGUUUCCAUGAAGAGCUGUCAGACAGAGGAAACUUAUUUUGCAUCACAGUCUACAGCAACUAAUGAUAUCCAGCCUGAAGAAAGUGAAAAAUUGGAUGUAGCUUCACAGACUAUAUGUUCUACACUAGAUGCAGUGGAUGUUGAGAUUCAAACAGAAGUUGAGACACAGGAAAAUUUUGUUACAAAAAGCAUAGAAAGUGUACCUCUUCAACAAGCCAAACAGAUUGAAAAAUCUUCAUUCUCAACCCAAACAGAAGAAAUUUUGAAAAAUGAAGUACACAAUGUUCGAGAUGCAGAAACACAAAGUGAAGAGUGUAGGGAAUCACAGGGCAUCAGCACAGCUGUUCAGUGCACACCAGAAACUAUUGUGAAGUCAUGCCAGACUCAGAUCCUUAUCCAAAGUCGUACUGUGCAAACUGACUUGACAAAUGCAAAUAGCCAUAUUCAGUCAAAGAAGGUAGUUAAAGAUAUGCCAUGCCAAACAUCAGCACUUGGAAGGCAAGCAGCAGUUCAGACAGAUGUUCAGGAAGCUCCACAUCCCAGGGAGUUACCAGAUGGCCAGCAGGAGACAAGGCCCAGUAUCAGCGUUCAUGACAUAACAUCGGCGCUUGAACCGGUACUCCUUAACUUUUCAAAUGAUGUUAAAACUUUGAUAACAGAUACAUUUGAUGUCAACCAGACCUCUGCCUUUGAGAAUAUUAGUCAGUGUCUUAUCAGAGAGAUACAAAAUGUUGGAAGUAUCCUUGAGACAUCACUCCAGCAGGCAUCUUCACUGCAGUGUGAGGAUACUCAACAGAAAUUUACAAGUGCUAUGGAUCGCAUUGAGGACUCCUUGCGAUCACAGCUGGAGACAACUGCACAACUUCUUCAAAGCAGGGAGAGAAAUAAUUCAGGUGAGAUUCAGGAGGUUCUUGAGAAGGUAAAUUCUUCUCUUGUUGCAAGUUUCGAAGAGGUGAGGAACGACCUACAUAAAAUACAGAGGCAGAGGGGAUCUAGUGAACAAGAUGUUUUGGAGAAGCUGGAUUAUUCUUUCCGAAAUCUUAAGGAGAGUAAUGAUUACAGUGUAAAAAGCUUAUCAGAUGCAAUCAAAACAAGCAAAGAUUAUAAUAUGCAUGCCAUAGAGACUCUGAAGGAUGAUUUGAUGCCAAAGUUUGCUGAAAUGAAGAGGGCUAUUGCAGCUAACCAGCCUGAAGAUAGUGGCAUCUCUGAAAGCCUUGGCAGAGAUAUCACAGAUAAGUUGGGGAAGAUGGAGAGGUCCCUUAUGUCAUCAUUUGAGAAGAGUUUGAGCACUCAGGAUUUAUCAGGUGUAGAACAUGAAGUUCACAGAAUGUCAGAAGAAUUACAAAGAAAGAUAUCAACUCUACAGCAGAGCCUACAGUCUGUUGAUUCAGGCACAAGACUGGAUUUGACAGAGGUGGAUGCAGACUUGAAGAGCAUCAGGGAGAGCAACAAGCAGGUCAUGUCCCUCCUUAAAGCCCGCUCCUCUGAGUCAAACACAAACCUGAGCGAAGCCCUGGAAGAAAAUUUCCUCAUUCUGCAAGACCACCUACGUCGACUCCAGCAAACUCUGGUGCAGAGAAUCAAUGAGGUAUCUCAGCAUGCCAAUCUCGCAGAGGACCAGAAAUUGUCCUGGCUGUCCAAGCAGAUAACAGAGAUGACCACCCAGGUUGCAGGGAUGCAGACAGGACUCAUGCGCAUGCAGUCAUCCCUUGAAGCAUCCCAGAAUCUGCCAUCUGUCAGUGGAAUCAUUGAUGAGUCUCUUAUAUCAGCCCUGAAAGCCAGUAAUGAGCAAGCAGUGUCAAGUCUGAAAUUCCAGAACCAAAGUAUGAUACAGCUCUUAGAAUCUUUGCAGAAGGAUGUCCACAGCUUUAUACAUCAGAAACCCAUCAUAAAGGAUGGGCCCGAUGUACAGUUAUUAAAGGAUUCCUUACACAGUAAAGAACUGGAACUGGAUAGACUCUCUAGCAAUCAAGAAAAACUUCAAGAGAAGGUUCGCUUUCAGAGUGCAAAUCUGGAACGUCUACAGCAAGCAGAGCUUCACCACCAGCAGACAAUAGAGUCUCUCUCAAGGGAUCUGAAGGAGGCACAGAGCACACUCAGAGAAAAGGAUGAGAGAAUUCAUGAAGUAACACUCAAGACAGCCAGUCAGAAUGAUGAUUCCUCAAGGAUACGUCAGGAGAACUUCCGCCUUAGCUCAGAGAAUGGCAAGCUCUCAGCACUGUUACAAGCAGAGCAACACCAGAGGCAAUGGUAUGAAGGUGAGCUGCAUGGCCUGAAGGAAGCUAAGGAUAUUUCUGAGGCCAGAGUUCAAGAGUUGAUCCAACUCUUACAAAUGCCACGACAGCAACCUCCCAUGCUCCGCACUCCUCCGACAGGCAGAGACAAUGAUGAUGACAGUCUUGCAGAUAAAAAGAAAGAGAUCAGGAAACUGGAAGAGGAAAAGUUGGAAGCAGAAAACCAAUAUAAGGAAGAGUGCAGUAGAGCUCAGCGUUUGGAACUGCGGUUGAGAGAAACAGAGGCUGAGCUGGGUUUGGAAAGAAAUUCCAAAGGUGAACUUGAGAAGCAGCUCAGGAAGACCAAGGACAGUCUUGCACAGCUCCAGCAAGGUAUUCAGGAAGCUACACAACAUCAAGAAUCUCUACAGGAUCUGACUGCUCAAAAGAAAGAGCUAGAGGCUGAAAUCAGAAAUAGUAAUGACACCAUAGAAACUCUCAGGAAGAAAAUAGAGAGUAUAAACCAAGAGAAGCUGCAGCUGAAACAGGAAGUCAUGAUGCUGAAAGGAGAGAAGCUAUCCUUUGAACUGAUCAGGCAGGAGAAGGAGCUUGCUGAGCAGAUGCAAAAGAGAGCAGAAGAGCAGUUGAUGGAGUUGCAGAGGAAGAUUCCCAGAGAAUAUGUGCCAAAAGCAACACUCCUUCACCUUCAGGCUGAGAUUGAGAGCAAAUGUCAGCUUGAGUUGAGCAACAAACUUGCUGAACUAAACCAGCUCAUUGAUCAACAGAGUCAACAACAGCAGUCCCAAGCCAAAGUCAAAGAAUCUCAAGAGCAGGGACUAAGGAACGAAAUCUCGAGGUUAUCCGAGGAAAUAAUACGCCUCCGUGCAAAACUGAGUGUGUAUAGUGAGGAGGAAGACACAUGGAAAACACGGCACAACAGACUUAUGGAUCUCUACCAACAUGAAGUGCAGACUAAACAUAACCACAUCCACAAAAACACACAGUUAAAUAAACCCAAAGAAGAAUCCGUAUCCAUCAACCUCCGUGAGAUUAAUGCUCACUUGCAGACACCCUUUGCCUCCUCAACUUUUUUGGGGCAGCUAACACCACCCUCGUCACUGCACCUUCCAAAGGCUCCUAGCAAUAUUGACAGUUACCAUUAUACCCACUCAGACACACUGGAUCGAACCCUCAACAAGUACCUGAGUUCGGUAGAUGAAAGGCCAAGGUCCGUGAGAAUUGACGACAAACCCCAAACCAGAACAUCGCAUGUCCAGCCUCCUCCCACACUUUGGCGGAAGGAGCAGGUGCCGACCCUUGACCAAUCCUGUGAAGAUUUUGACCUUGACUUGACCGUCUAG